CCAAAACAAAUCAUGUCGAAAAUUAUUUUAUUCACAAUCCUGCUCAGUGCCAUAGCGUUUGAAACGAAUUGUUAUAAACACAGUCGUGUUGUAGAUAACAUCUUUGCAAAUAUUCUUUUAAAAUCGAGUAACUUAAUUCAGGAUAGUCCGCAACGAAGUUUGGAGUGCUUCGCAAUUUAUAUUCCUAAAAUCAAUGAGUUAACAGCUAAAUACGAGCUCGAAUAUGAAACUUGUUUAAAAAGUUCAGCCAAUGCUCGCAGUGUUAUUGACAAAGAAGUGGAAGGUGAUCGUAAGGAUUUGGAAUCGUCUGCAACUGAUAUCUGUGGUGCUUUAGAAAAAUGUGCUCAACAGAAUUCUUCAUAUGAAUUCUUUGAAUGUCAAUACGGUGUGGCUGGAGAAUCAUUGAACAGCACAAGAUAUAUUCAAAAUGUUUCGAAGGAUAAAAUGGAAUAUAUAAAAUUUAAAUUUGAAACUAUUGAAUACGAUCAAAAUCGCUGUACGGAUGAAUGUUCCCGUGUUUAUGUGGAAGAGACUACAAAGACUUAUAGUGAUUUGGACAAAUGUUUAGCUGGUACUGCCGUGGAUUCAAAACCACAAGAGAAACCACAACCAGUAGAAACCACUACUGUUGUCACUGAAACUACUACAGAGCAAGAAGAUUAUUAAUUUUUAUUUAACUAAGAAAAAAUGAUUUUUAAUGUUCAAUAUAUAAAUAAUGGUUGUUCGUUC